UUAUUAUUAUUGAGUUAGAAUUUGUUCGGAAUUAUUCAUCGCUUGUCCCAUUUUUUAACCUGUAAUAAUGUUGAAGGGUGUAUAUAUAUUUAUGCGACCCAUUGUAAAUAGGUCACAUAUUCUUAAAAUAGUCUUCCUGUUUAAUUAAAUAUCUUUCGUAAUCAGUAACGGAUAUAAUUUUAUAUGAUUAUUUUUUAGAAGGGUUACUUUUGUAUUUACUCAACAAAACGUGGCAAUUUUGAACCGUUCAUAACCGUAUGAGGACCACUGUAUGUAACUCGUGAUCAGUUACCUAUUCUUUUUUGCAUUUUUUUAUCAGCAGAUAAGCCAUCAAUAAGGUGAACUUUUAAAUUGCUUUAAAUAUAUAAAAUUUUGCAACUAGACCAAGUAUACCUUCUUAAUAAAAUAAUACAUGUACUAUUACUAAAAUUUAUUUGAUGAUGAGGUUUAACAAUCAUAUUUAAACCACCCCUAAUAGAACAGUAUAUGUAUAGUUUUUUAUUUGUAAACCUAAUUGCUAAUUGAUAUGAUAAUGUUUGGUACUAUUUCACGCUUUAACUAAUGAACCGAUCAUCAUGAAUUUUUCUACACACCUUGUUAGGAGUAUCGAAAAAGAACAUGGGUAUUUUUUAUUUAAAAAAAAAUACUGUUCCCCAGUGAUAAAUUUUUUUUAUAAAUAGCACUACAUCAGGUUGGUGCUGUCCUCUACCGGACAGUAGCAACACUAUAUUAAUUUAUCAAACUAUGAGAGCUACCACUAGCGUUGUUAAGCGUGAUACGAGGCCGCCAAAACAGAGGGCCUCAUAAUUAAGUAUGUAAAUUUUGACACGUAUUUAGGGCAUUAACGCUAACGCACAUUUUAUCUAUGCGCAUAUUUAUACUUAUAGCGCACGUCGUCGUCUAUGGCGCAUGUUAACGCGAGCGUAGUCGCGGCUGAAACUUAAUUAUCUAUUCUUAAUUGCUUAUUUAUAAGCAUUUAUAAGUGUGAACCUAUGGUGUGGAGCGGUGUGGGUAUUCAUUGCGUUUUCAAUGCGUAUGUUAUCAAAUUAAUAAGGUAUUGAAGUGUCAUCGAUUAAUUUACCUGUAAUAUAACUGGUUUAUUGUAUAAUAAAAUAAGAAUGCAUUGAAAGAUGCCUUUUAUCCAUUUCUUUGAUUAUACCUAAUUUAUUUAUGAUGAUUGAAGUAUCGUAUUAAUAUUUUUGAAACUUCAAUUUUUUGCAGGUACUUUCAGAUUAAUAUAAUUAAAAAUGGAUUUAUCAAAAUUGAAAAGGUUGAAGAGUCUACAGUUAUCCAUGGCCAUUACAUUUUUCACAUCAGGGGUGAUAAUAAACCUGAUUCAAGCUUUCCUGUAUAUAACUUUAAGACCAUUUAAUAAAUACCUGUACAGAAAAAUAAAUUGGUAUUUAUGUUGGUCUAUCUACUCACAGUUGGUAUUUAUGGGCGAUUGGUGGUCAGAGACAAAUAUUAAAAUUUUUAUUGACAAAAGUGACUAUAAGAAAUAUUGGGGCAAAGAACAUGCAUAUUGUGUUAUGAACCACUCUUAUGAAAUUGAUUGGCUAAUUGGCUGGAUGAUUUGUGAUAGAAUACAUUUGUUAGGUAAUUGCAAAGCAUAUGCAAAAAAAUCGACACAGUUUAUACCUGUAAUGGGAUGGGCUUGGAAGUUUGCCGAAUUUGUAUUUUUGGAAAGAUCUUUUGAAAAAGACAAGGACAUAAUAGAAAAACAAAUCACACAACUGGCAGAUCAUCCGGACCCUAUUUGGUUAUUGCUUUUCCCUGAAGGAACUCGCUUCACUGAAGAGAAACACAAAAUUUCUGAGAAAUAUGCAGAAGAAAAGAACCUACCCCAUCUGAUGUACCACCUGCAACCCCGUUUCAAAGGAUUUAUCGCCAGCCUAUCUCCAAUGAGAGGCAAGGUCCCUGCUUUAUAUGAUACAAUGGUGGCAUUCAAAGAAGAUGACCAGGUUAAACCUACAAUGACCAGUUUAAUGGAUGGAAAAUCAGUGACUGCUUAUUAUUACCAAAAACGAUACUCAAUGGAGGAUGUCCCUUUCGACGAAAAAGCGCAAGAAAAAUUCUUAAGAGACAUUUUUGUUCAGAAAGACAAAAUGAGGGAGAGUUUUGCAAAAACUGGUGACUUUUUUGCAACAUCUGGAGUUGAGAGAGUUGAAGAGUUUCAAGUUGAAAGACGCAUUCACCCCUUAAUCAAUAUGUUGUUCUGGUGUGUUGCCAUAUUAUGCCCAAUGACUUACUACAUGUUCAAGUUACUUUUCAGUGGAAAUCCGUUUUAUAUCUUAAUUGUAUCUGUAAUUUUUGGAGCAUUUAUGCUUUUACUCUACAAGACAGUGGCAACUACGAAAAUAAGCAAAGGAUCGUCGUAUGGAAAAGCGAGCACACCUUCAAAGAAGGCUGAAUAG